AUGCCUCCAAAACCCCCCUCAGCGCGGCUCACGCAUUUCCUCAUGAUACCUCUCAUCACACCAACCUCAAGGCCACAACUUCGAUCAUCAUUGACAGCCUUUAGAGAGAAAGUGACAACUACAAGAACGUCCGAAAAUCCAGACGGUAUUCCAGAGAAAGCCAUAAGACCUCUUGGUUCUUUACAUCUUACACUUGGUGUUAUGAGUCUCGUGACACCGGAGUUGAUACAAAGUGCAUUGGAAAUUCUCCAGCGACUGGAUUUGAAAGGAAUUUUACUAAAAUCUGGCGCAACACAACACCAAGACGAUGAAUCGAAAGAUUUAGAGCCCCAGAAACAGACACCAGGCUUGACAAUUACUCUCCAAGGCAUAGAAAGCAUGCACGACCCGUCCUCAACAUCCGUCCUAUUUGCACCACCAAUUCCCUCCCCACAACUCACGACCUUCUGUCAAUCUCUCAAACAAGUAUUUAUCGACGCAAAACUCAUGGUCGAAGAUACUCGGCCGUUACUGCUGCACGCUACUAUCUUGAACACCAUCUAUGUUCCUGGUGUCCGAGAUAAAACAAAAGGAAAAGCUGGUCACGGAAAGCGUAAAGCACGUUUAACGAUUAAUGCAGAGGAGAUAUUACAAGAUUAUGAGGAUUUUGUGUGGAUGAAGGAUGUUAAGGUCGAGAAGGUGGCUAUUUGUAGGAUGGGUGCUCAGAAAGUUGAUGAUGAAGAGUUGGGGGAGGAGUAUGUGGUGGAAGAGAGUGUUGUGAUGCCUUGA